GAAAAGAAAUAAAAAAAAAAAAAAACUAGUCUCAUCAGACAGUGCUGUAGAAGAAGAUGGAGAUUCUGAAAGCUGCAAUUCCAGAAAACCUGAAGCGAGCGAUAGCGGAUAGCGAUGUGGAUGACCUUGGCAGCACAUGCUCUUCUCUUCACCGCUUCUUUCUUCACUUCCACCCAUUUCACCAGAUGAUCACUGAACUGGCUGAUCCAAAGUACGCUCUGUCCGGUAAGAAUAAGGACGCUGCGUUGAAAUCCAAGCAGCUUGGCAAUCAGUGCUUCUCCAACGCAGAUUAUGCUAAGGCCUUGGACUGCUACACUCAGGCAUUGCGUGAGGCUCCAUUAGACACUGGUGAUAUGGAGAGUAAUCUUGUUGCAACAUUGUAUAUCAAUCGUGCUACUGUAUUGCAUAAAAUGAGUCUUUUAGUUGAAUGCUUACGGGAUUGCACUCGAGCUCUUCAAGUUUGUCCUAGCUAUGCAAAGGCAUGGUACAGGAGAGGUAAGGCAAAUGCUUCGUUGGGAAAUUAUAAAAAUGCAAUCUGCGAUCUAAAUGUGGCCAAGAGUGUGGAACCUUCAAUGGGUGGGAGGAGACAAAUAGAAGGUGAACUUAAAAUUCUUUUAGACCAAUGCAGAAGCACAACUGCAGUAGUACAAAUACAACAUAAGGAGAACAACUGCAAUACUGUGGGUGAGAUGCCUCACAUAAAGCUACAGUGUGUCUCCACACCUGAUAAGGGAAGAGGCAUGGUGUCAUCAUGUGUCAUUUCACCAGGUUCUUUGGUUCAUGUUGAAGAACCUUAUGCUAUGAUAAUAUUAAAGCAAUGUCGGGAAACGCAUUGCCAUUAUUGCUUGAAUGACCUACCUGCUGAUAGAGUUCCUUGUAUAUCAUGUUCAAUACCAUUGUAUUGCUCCCACCAAUGCCAGACACGGGCAACUGGGCAAAUGUUCAAGAUUUACCCAGACUAUAAUGGCUUUUUUAAAAACUUGCCCAGUGAUCUUGGAGAAUAUGCUGCUGAAGUUAUUCAAUGCAAUGAUUCUGAACAGGAAAUUGGGGAUAUAACUGAACAUAAACAUGAAUGUCAAGGUGUACAUUGGCCUGUGGUACUGCCGUCUGAGAUAGUUUUGGCUGGUCGAAUACUUGCUAGGUUUUUGCUAAAUAGCUCACCUGAAGAUAUUAUAAACUUUGUGGAAAGACUGGAGCUUUCUCAUUGUUACAAACAAUUGCCAUCUGAAAGCAAAUUGGAUUCACAUAUAUAUGCCAUUGUAUUAUUAUAUUGUCUUCAACAUUCUUGUGGAACUAUGUUUUCCAUAGAUGAAGUCUCCAUAUCUCAGGUUGUCAUAAUUAUUUCUCAAAUUAAAGUGAAUUGUAUGACUGUUGUUCGUUUAAAAUCAAUAGACGCCCAUGGAUCAGGUCAUUUUGGAGAUUUUCCAUUUCAAUCUGGUGCUCAUUCAACUAGUAAUGUGGAACAGGUCAGAGUGGGUAAAGCUAUUUAUAAAGCUGGCAGUUUAUUCAACCAUUCUUGCCAGCCAAAUGUUCAUGCAUAUUUUCUUUCACGCGCUCUUUAUUUACGAACCACAAAUGUUGUAGCAGCUGGGAGUCAGCUAGAAUUGUCUUAUGGUCCACAGGUUGGGUUGUGGGAUUGUAAAGAUCGGCUUAAUUUUCUCAAAAACGAGUAUGCGUUUCAUUGUCUGUGUACUGGUUGUUCAGAAGUUAAUCGAUCUGACCUUGUCCUCAAUGCCUUCCAUUGUGUCAAUCCAAAUUGUUCUGGUGCAGUGUUAGAAAGCAGAGUACUUGAUUGUGAGAUGCAGAAAAUCAAGCACUUCCCUAUUCCUGACCAUGUUGACAAGAAUGAUGACAUUUAUGAAGUAUGUCAUCAUGUCUUCAAACAAAAUGGUAAAUCUAUUCAUAUUCAACCUGGAUACUGUUUGAAAUGUGGUUCUUACUGUGAUUUGGAGUCUUCGCAUGCUGCAGUCGGUAAAGCUUUAGCAUGCAUAACAAGGUUGCAGGAUGCAAUAUUGUCACAACAAAUUUCAAGUAUUACCAUCUCUGAUGCGUUGAGAUCUCUAAAAUUGCUAAGAUUAAAUUUGCAUGCAUACAACAAGCUCACUGCAGAGGCAGAAGACAGCAUUGCCCAGGCUUUUUGUUUAGUGGGAGAAUUACAAUUAUCUUUGGAUCAUUGUAAAGCAUCUAUCCAGAUUCUGGAAAAGCUAUAUGAUACUGAUGAUAUUGUUAUUGCUUAUGAACUUGUGAAGCUUUCUUCCAUCCAACUUUCCUUGGAUGAUGGUACUGCUGUGGAAAGUAUAAGUCGAAUAGAUGAUAUCUUCUCACGUUACUAUGGACUUCAUGCAGACUUGGUCUUCCCUUAUCUUCAAUACCUUAGGAGAGAAGUUGAGAAAUUUUCAAUGAAGGCUCUCCAAUAAAAUGCUUUUCCAACAAAGUGAGCUAUAAAAUGUGAGGUAUAAUGUCAACCACAGCUUAAAUGACAGGUCAUUUGAUAUGAAAGAUAUACUAUAGUCAAUGACCUCAAGAAAGAUUACUCAAAGCUCACCCAAGUUGUUUGAUAGUCAAGACAUAUUUCCCUUGAAUAUUCUCUGAUGUGAUUAGGUAAACUCAAAUGACUUUUGCCUUAAAUAGCAUCUAUCACGAGCCUUUAAAAAUUGCCAGGUGAGACUGUCUUGAAUAAGCGCCCAAAUAGGCUCACUUAAGCAAGGCCUUCAAAUAUGAUAUUGGCCUCUAGAACUUCUCUCACUUAAGCGAGGUUGCACUGCAGCACUGGUACCAUCUCAAUGCCUCAAUUAAGCCCCAGGAUGACUCGCUUAAGCGAGGCUGCAUCUUCAAGGAGCUCGUGCUCCACCCCCUUGUCCUCGAAGUGGUUAGUCCCCAGGCAUAUGAGCCAUCCUACAUGAGCUACAUAGUCCUCCUGAGAUGGGAAAGGAUAGUCAAUGGCUCUAUUGUUGGCCAAUGUGCGUUAAUCUCAUAGAGAUCACAUCUGGCCUCUCAUCUACUCACGCAAUGGCAUGGUGCGAGGUGGUGAAGGAGGUGUUGGAGUCACUGAGUCAUCAUCAUCUCUUGGACAUUGUUGGUUUGAAUCUGAUGCAUGGGCGGGCAAAAGCAGCAUUCACAUCCACUUCAUUGUGGGCACACAAGACUGUGAUCGAAGCUGGGUAACCAGUGAGUCUUAGUGGUGGAGGUGACAUUGUUGUGGAGGCCCUGAGAAAUGAUGCCUCCAAGAUCAAUGGACAUGCCUUUGAUGAUGGCAUAGAGGAGAUGAGCCUUGUCAGUUGGAAUGUCUUAAGUAUGUGAAUUAGGAUAGAUGUUGAAGAGCAGAGUGAUCAUCCAAAUCUGUGACAAAGUGAUGAGUUCAGAUCUGAGGAUCCUUUGGCUUGCCCAUCUCCUUAAAGCCAUUAGUCAAAUUAUUUGAAAUUUUAAAAAGUCUCAAAUUUUAUUCGAUACGUCUGUUGUGUAAUGCAUCGAGGAAUGUAAGAAAGAGCCGAGUGAAAUCUCAUGUUGGUUUUCAUUAAACUGGAAGCAGGAGUUUUUUUUUUUCAGUUCAUACAAAGUUGAUAAAAAUAAACUUAUUUCUACAUAAGUUGAACUAUACAGAGAUUCACAUUAUGAAUUUUAAGACUAUUUUGUGUGUACA